GAAAGAAAGAAAGAAAGAAAGAAAAAGAGAAAGAGAGAAAGAGAGAGAGAAAAAAAGAGAGAUAUGGGCAUCGUUCAGAGUCGCAAUGACGAGAGCGAUGGCGGCGUGCGCGAGGUAUUCGUCGGCGGUGUCAAGGCCGGUGUGCCUCAUCAUUCGUGUCAAUCCAGCCUGGGCAUGGGUAACCUGGGACCUCACACACGCAGCGGUAGCAUACGUAGCGCACCGAGACAACCGAUGCCGGAUGCCGUCGAACUCGAAAGACGUUUCACCAAAGUACUGGCCUCCAUGGAUCUGCCACCGGACAAAGCGAAGCUUUUGAAGCAGUAUGACAAUGAGAAAAAGUGGGACAUUAUAUGCGACCAAGAAAGAGUACAAGCUAAAGAUCCACCGUCCCAUUAUCUGGCAAAACUACGUACCUAUCUGGAUCCCAAAGCUUCACGAAGCCAUCGAUCGUAUCGUUUCCUUACAUUCUUUCAGAAAAGGAAAAUGGUUGGGGAGUCUACAUCGACGCAAGUAUUACGAGACUUGGAAAUAUCAUUACGCACAAAUCACAUAGAAUGGGUAAGAGAGUUUUUAGACGAGGAAAAUCAAGGCUUAGACGCCUUGAUAGACUAUCUUAACUUUAGAUUAUCGAUGAUGCGGCACGAGCAACGGCUUUUGGAAUCUCACACAAGUUCCGAGGAAAAAUUACAAACCGCGGGCACGGGUGAUAUGUCACCGUUAAACAACGGAUGCUUGAGACCGCCUCUUCACGAUUUCAAAGAUAGUCCUGGUGUUAAACGGAGGUCCCGGCACGUGGCGCGUCUAAAUAUGGGUGAAGCAAAAGAUGACAUUCAUGUUUGCAUACUGUGCAUGCGUGCCAUCAUGAAUAACAAGUACGGGUUUAAUAUGGUUAUUCAACACAGAGAAGCGAUUAAUUGCAUUGCAUUGAGCUUAAUCCAUAAAAGUCUGAGAACGAAAGCUUUAGUAUUAGAACUUCUUGCUGCAAUAUGUUUGGUAAAAGGAGGUCACGAGAUCAUUUUAUCAGCAUUCGAUAAUUUCAAAGAGAUGUGCUCCGAAAGAAGAAGAUUUACGACACUUAUGGCAUAUUUCACCCAGUACGACAGCUUUCAUAUAGAAUUUAUGGUCGCUUGUAUGCAAUUUGUCAAUAUUGUCGUACAUUCGGUUGAGGACAUGAACUUCAGGGUACAUUUGCAAUACGAGUUUACGAAGCUUGGAUUAGAUGAAUACCUUGAGAAACUUAGGCACACAGAGAGCGAAGAUUUGCAGGUUCAAAUCUCGGCUUAUCUAGACAAUGUGUUUGAUGUAGCUGCCUUGAUGGAGGACAGCGAAACAAAGACUGCAGCACUAGAAAAAGUAGCGGAAUUAGAGGACGAACUUGGUCAUGCGCAUGAUCGUAUGGCAGAACUAGAAAGAGAAUCAUUGGCGAAAUUGGCGGAGCUGGAGACGGAAUUAGGCGCAUUAAAAGUGGAAUACGCCGACGCCUUAGAGGCGCGUAGAUUAGUAGAAGAAGAACUCGCGGCUUUAAAGAGGCAGAGGCAGGAUUCCGCCCGAAGACAGAGUGUACUGGAGAACAAGAUUAUCGAAUUGGAAACUCUCACGGGAACACUCACGAAGAGAUCGUCAACGAUUAGUUUACGAAACGGAAUCGCGAUGAGUCCUGUAAGUAAUUCGGAUAUUACAUCCGAAACGUUCGCCUUGACACCGUCACCGACGUCGGACCAAGUGCCUCCACCGACACCGGCACCACCGCCUCCGCCACCGCCACCAUGCCCACCACCGCCUCCCAUGGCGCCUCUCUCUCUGGGAGAUCACAAGUUACCACCACCUGUCCCAAUACCACCGCCACCUGCCGGCAUGAUGCAAGCGCCUGACGGAGCGAUGACUAUUAAACGAAAAGUUCAAACAAAGUACAAACUUCCUACGCUUAAUUGGAUCGCUCUGAAACCUAACCAAGUGCGGGGUACUAUUUUCAAUGAACUGGAUGACGAUCGUCUACAUAAUUAUAUCGACUUUUCCGAUUUUGAAGAACGAUUUAAAAUCGGCAUGAGCGGGCAUGUGGCUAAUGGUAAUAGUGAGAUCGACGGACUUCAAAGCUUUCCUAGUAAACGAUUCAAGAAACCCGAAAAUAUAUCACUUUUGGAACACACAAGAUUACGAAAUAUUGCCAUAUCGCGCCGAAAAAUGGAAAUGCCAGUUGAGAAAGUAAUUAUGGCGGUAAAUGCUCUUGACUUGAAAGUACUUUCGCUUGAAAAUGUGGAAUUGCUCCAACGUAUGGUACCUACCGAUCAAGAGAUAAAGGCUUACCGCGAAUACAUUAUAGAAAAGAAGAACGUUAACUUAUUGACAGAAGAAGAUAAAUUUUUGAUGCAACUUGGUAAAGUAGAGAGAAUAUCUACCAAACUGUCCAUUAUGAACUAUAUAGGAAACUUUUUCGACAAUUUACACCUCAUUACGCCACAAAUACAUGCUGUGAUAUCUGCAUCCAGUUCAGUUAAAAGUUCAAAAAAGCUAAGAGCAGUAUUAGAAAUUAUUCUUGCCUUUGGUAAUUACUUAAACAGUAGCAAACGAGGCCCUGCGUACGGCUUCAAAUUACAAAGCUUGGAUACAUUAUUGGAUACAAAAUCGACCGAUAAAAGGAUGUGCCUUUUGCAUUAUAUCGUUGCAACAAUACGAGUUAAAUUCCCGGAACUGAUUAAUUUUGAAUCUGAGUUAAUGUACAUCGACAAAGCUGCAACAGUUUCUCUGGAAAACAUAACGACUGAUGUUCACGAAUUGGAGAAAGGCAUGGAUCUUGUGCGAAAAGAAUUCGAAUUGCGUGGCAAAGAAAAACACAAUACGGUAUUACGUGACUUUUUGAAUAACUCUGAGGAAAAAUUACGCCGGUUGAAACUUGACGCACGCACCGCCGGUGAAGCAUUCCGAGAGUGUGUCGAAUUCUUUGGAGAAAGCCCGAGACAAGCUGAUGCCAACACCUUUUUCUCCCUUCUUGUCAGAUUCGCGAGAGCAUUUAAGGCAGCGGAUCAAGAAAAUGAACAACGUCGUAGAUUAGAGGCUGCUGCAGCAGAAGCUUUGAAUACUUCGGAAGAAGUUAUAAAACGCAAUAAAUUAAAUCAGAAGAAGCAACAGGAUGCUGUUAUAAACGAAUUGAAGAACAAGACAAGAUUAGUGCAAGAGAAGAAGCUGUUGCAGCAAGACGAAGUGUACAAUGGUGCCCUGGAGGAUAUUCUUCUAGGUCUUAGAUCGGAACCAUAUCGCAGAGCAGAUGCUGUAAGACGUAGCCAACGACGACGUAUCGAUCAUCACAGACUCUCACGCACUGCCGAAGAGCUCGAGCUCUAAGUUUUUUACAUUUUCAACUUGAAUAGCUUCAUCGUAAUUUAGCUUUAUAUAAAUGCGACAACAUUAACAAAGAACACCAAUAGUUUGAGAAUACUUUUGCGAAUGUUAAGAGCGCACAGGUAAAUAGUUACUUGUACAUUCAACACUUUCCCCUUUUUGAAAGCUUUACACUUUAUUACGAGUAUAUAUACAAAUUUAGAGAACUGAAUGACAAUAUUCAGUACGUCCAAUUACAAUGGGCUUUUGUGUAGUCGUAUAGUGAUGCUGAAGAUUCAAUUGUUAUAAAUUUAAAAUUAUAAAAAAUUAUAGCUUUAGAGAGGAUGUAAAAUUUUUGCGCGCUAUUAACCGCAGAACAAUCGGUCUCGAAAUAUACGCUUGAUAUGCAUUAAUGCAUUAAUGACCUUUCUAUGCAUACGCGAAUCUCAAUUAAGGACGUAUAAGUCUCAAGCUAGCAUAAUAUUAUAUUAAUUAGAGUACUAUUCACAUCUGCAUUUCUGAGCAUAUUCCUGUUUAACAUUGUUGCGGAAUUGUGCCGAUUACGUGACUUUCUUUCGUUUUCCCCUAUUCAAUACAUAAGGAUAUGCAAACGUAAAAAUUAUUUAAAUUUAGUUGUUGUUGGUUGUUAUACAUAUUGAAAAUAUUUAUAAUUUUCAUAUCAAAUA